UAAUGAAUUAUAAAGUGUGUCAAAAAAAUUGAGAGCCUAGAAAAAAAAAGUAACAAUAUUUCCUUAUUUUAGGAUUUACAAAUCUUUUUAAUUUUUUUUUUUAUCUCCUAUAAUCUCACGUUAGUUAAUUAACCUUAAAGUUAGUUUUUUUUUUUUUUUUUUAAAGUAAUAUAGUGUAUAAUAAAAGAUUAAUAAGGUGACAUAUUCAACUUACAUAAAAAAAAAAAAAAAAGAAAAGAAAAAAAAAGUACAGAGGUCAUUAUCUUAUCUUAAUAAUUUUAAACAACUAUUAAAGUGUUUUGAUAUUUAUAGUCUUAAUAUUGUAUUCCCUUAAAAUGCUGAUAGCUCAAUUUUUUAUUCAAUUGAAUAAUUUCGAAUGAAAAUUCCAUCUUAGAAAAGAAAAAAAAAAAAAUUACCAAUUUUGUAGAGAAUUGAACAAGAGUGUCUCAUAGAUUAAAAUUGUCAUAAAUGCAAGCAUAGUUUGAUUGUGAUAGGUGAAUGACAAUUUUAUUCUGUUCAAAAGGGUAACAAUCUUUUUGUUACGUAUCCCUAUUUUGAAAAAAAAAAAAAAAAAAAAAAAAAAAACGAUGUUUAAACGGUUUCGGGGUUUCAUCCCCGCCACCCCGCCCCGGAUAAUUAUGUCAUUUACCCUACUACUAUAUUUAUAGUCGUCAUACCCCCUCAUCCCUCACUAGUCACUACCCGCUUCGCCUCUCCGGCCCUCACAGUGCCAGUUAACCCUCGCACUCUCUGGUACAAAUACACCCUUUUCUCUCUCUUAUAUGUGUGUGUAUAUAUAUUUAUAUAUAUAUAUACAUACACAUACAUGUAGAGAUAUCAUCAUAUCAGAUAUGAAUGUAUUGUUCAACAUGUAGAUAAGCUUAAAAUGGAGCUUCUUUUCAUACAUUUUUGCAGUCUUUGUUUCAGAAGGCAAAUCAACAUUUCCCUUUCUCAAGAGAAAACUGCUCAUCACUGAAGAAGUUUUGAAGAGGAUGUUUCCAAAUUCUAUUACAGAUUAAAAUUGUCGUCACAAAGAGAAAAUUCCCAAGGUGGAUCUUCUUCACCUUCAAACCCUGUGACUAUUAGCUUGACAUCUACUCCUUCUUCGAGACCUACUAAAACCUCACCUACAGGAAAGAGGAAGUUAAGUUCAACUAUUUGGAAUGAUUUUGAUGAGGUAUCAAAACAAGGUGUGGCCGAUGGGAAAGUGAUGAUUGGUAAUUUUACAUUUGACCCAAGGUUGGCGCGCAAGGAUCUUGCUAGCAUGAUCAUAUUACAUGAGUAUCCCCUUUCAAUUGUUGACCAUUUUGGGUUGCAGAAAUUUCUUCAUAGCAUUAAUCCUGUAUUUAAUAUGGGUUCGCGAGGCACAAUGAAAGAUGAUGUCCUAAAGAUUUAUGAUUCAGAGAAGGCAAAAUGUUUUGAGUUGCUCGACAGACUUCAAUGCCGAAUUGCCAUCACAGCUAAUAUGUGGACUUGUGGCAAACACAAAGGAUAUUUGGCUAUAACUGCCCAUUUUAUUGAUGAUGCUUGGAUAUUGAAUGAUCGGAUGUUGAGGUAAGAUUUACUGUGUUAUUCUAAGCACUUCCUUUUGUUUGUGAGACUAGUUACAUGGGUUUAUCUUUUUAUUUUUAUUUUUAUUUUUCACUUGUCUAGGUUUAUUUCUGUGCCCAUUCCACAUGAGAAAGAAGUCCUUGCUGAUGUUAUAAUGGAUUGUUUGCUUGAAUGGAAUAUUGCUCAUAAAGUAUCCACAAUUACUGUUGAUAGUGGUAGCACCGAUGAUGAAAUAUUUGACAUUCUUGUGGAUAUGCUAUCUGCUAAUGGUUCACUUCUUUUAAAUGGGAAAAUGCUUCAGAUGCAUUGUUGGGAAUCUGUUUUAAACUCGAUUGUAAAAGAUGGUUUAGAUGCGAUUGGAGAAGGGAUUGAGAAAAUUUGUGAUAGUGUUCUGUUUUGGUCUGCUACACCACAAAGGAUUGAAAUUUUCGAAGAUGUAGCUCGCCAACUAUGCGUUCCAUGUAGCAAUAAUUUGGGUCUUCUUCCUGAAACUCGAUGGAAUUCUACAUAUUCGAUGCUUCAAACGGCUUUACACUUGUGUUCCUUCUGAGGAGGAAUGGAGACUAGCUCAGGAAAUUUGUGAAAAAUUGAAGCAGAUUCAUAGAGCCAUUGAGUUAUUCUUUGGAACAACGUAUACCACUGCAAAUAACUAUUUUCCAAUGGUUUGUCAAAUUAGACGGAUAUUGUAUAAGUGGGUCAUGGAUCCUAGCAAAGUAAUUAGCGAGAUGGCAUCAGAGAUGAUUGAAAAACUUGAGAAUUAUUGGAGUGGGUGUCAUAUGAUGCUGGCAAUAGCAGUUGUACUUGAUCCAAGGUAUAAGAUGAAGGUGGUUGAGUACUUUUAUCAGCUUAUAUAUGGUCAAGAUGCUGAAACUGAAAUUGAAAAAGUUCGCAAAUUUUGCUAUGAUUUAGUGCAUGAAUAUGAGAAUAGAUUCGAAGUUCAAACUCCAAGUAAUUCUGAUGUUACUUCACUUGGUCCCAAUUCAAUGGUUAUGGGCAAUGAUGAGCCAGACAGUCCACACAGUAUAAAGUUUGACUUACUAGUUCAACGUAGUUUAAAUAAAGAGUGUGAGAAGUCUGAGUUAGACCGUUAUCUGGAUGAAAUGUUGAUACCACGAAAACCAGAUUUUGAUGUAUUAAUGUGGUGGGAAACAGAUGCCAUCGGGUAUCCAAUUUUGCAUAAGAUCGCUCGGGAUAUUAUGGCUAUUCCAGUAUCUACUGUGUCAUCCAAAUCGGCAUUCAGCACUCGUGAUAAGGUGGUUAGUACUCAACGUAGCAGACUUAAGCCGGAGCUUUUAGAGGCUUUGAUGUGUGCAAAGGAUUGGUUAUGGAAAGAUAUGGCAGCAGAACGAAGUUGUGCUUCCGAAAUUGAUGCUGGUGAUGAAAGUUUAUGAUAUGUGUGGAACUCUUGUGCUCAUAAUGAACCUUUGAAAAAUAAGAUGUUUUCUGUUCCAGCUGUUGGUGAAACUUAUGGUGUUUGGACUUGUAUAAUUUUGGUGUUCUGUUUCAAAGACUAGUGUUGUGACUGUAUUUUGUAUGAAGAUUGUUCUUUUCAGUCUCUCCCCCAACUUUUCCUUCCUUUUCUUUUCGUCAGAUUGUCUCAUUCCAAACACACACUGGAAACACAGGGGACUGACCUCGUCUUCCUCUUGAUUUUAGGAUUGACCUUGUAACAGUUUCUUUAUUUGAAAAAAUUUAUAAUAUCUUCAG